AUGAACUACACAGCGUCGUUUCUUUUGCCUUCCUUCACUCUCUUUCUCUGCCUCUCUUCCUCCCUCUGCCUCUCUUCCUCCCUCUGCCACCCCUCUCUCUCCCUCUGCCACCUCGCUCCUUUCCUCUGCCACGCUUCUCCCUCACCCGCCCCCCUCCUCUGCCACCGCUCUCUGUGCUGCAGGUUCUCAGAGCUUGAGGCUGCGCUUUUCUCAAAGCACAGAGACGUGUUUCCAGAGAAGGUGGGCGGGGGGGAUAGUGUGGUGGGGGGGGGUGAGGGGAGGGACUCGGUGGUGCUGUGGGGUGCAAGGGGCUAUUCACACUCUCAUCCAACUCACACUCCUCUCCUCAUCCCUCCCUUCCUCCAGCUCUUCACCCUCAACAACUUCAAGUGGGCCUUUGCUGUGCUCUUCUCCCGCCUGGUCCGCCUGCCAUCGCGCAACAACCGCUUGGCCCUCGUGCCGUGGGGAGACAUGCUGAACCACCGCUGCGAGAUCGAGUCAUGCAUCGAUGUGGACACAUGGAAGGGCAACGUUGUCUUCACCACCGAUCGUGCCUUCGCCCAGGGCAAGGAGGUGUUUGUCUCCUAUGGUCCCAAGUCCAAUGGAGAGCUCCUCCUGGCCUAUGGUGUCGUGCCUGCUACGCGCAACCCCAGCGACUCCGUCUCGCUGCUGCUCGCGCUCUCCCCAGACGACCCGCUCCUGCCCGUAAAGGAGGCAGCACUGCGCGCCAACGGGCUGACCUGCCCGCUCUCCUUCCCGGUCCGCAUGGACGGCUGGCCCUCUCAGCUACUCGCCUUUGCUCGCCUCGUGGCAGCAGGGCCAUCUGUGUCUGAGGAGCAGAUUAGGGAGCUAGCAGCAGCCACGUCAUUCGCCGGAUCGCCCUCCUCCCCCUCCGCGCCUGCAGUGCGCGAGAAGCCGUCUCUCCCCUUCACCGCAUCCUUCACCCUCGAGCACGAGCUGGAGGCCAGGGAGGUCAUUCUCGCUGCCUGCCGCCUGGCACUAGCAGGCUACUCCACCACGCUGCAGGAGGAUGAGGCCCUACUGGAGGGCAACAGUGACGACUAUCUGGAGGACGAUGGCGAGCAGAGGGUGCGCGUGAUGGCUGCUGCUGCCCUGAGGAGCAGUGAGAGGCGCAUUCUGCUGCGAACAGACUUUGUGCUUCGCUCAGAGCUGAGGGACAUGCGCAACGCGCAGCAGGCCAAGGCGGGCGGCAAGCAGAAGAUUGAUCUUGGGAACAACUUUGGCGGGGAGAGUGCGAGCUUCAUCGGCAAGAUCCUGCGCAGAAUAGUGGAGCGUCCUGAGUAG